CUCGUCCUCCAUCGCUUCUGCGAUUCUCCUCUCUGAACCCAACUUGAAAUUUUAGGUUUCCGUGGUCGUUACUCGUUACUCGUUACUGUAACCAUGUAUCUAUAGCUUUUGAUCCACGCAAUAAUGGCGAACAACAACAAAGAACCUAACACUGCUCCUCAACCUGAUCGGUGGUACAAUCUCACUCUAGGUUCUUCCCUCAAAGACCUCUCUUCCACGAAGUUCUGCACCUUACGAUAUGAAUUUAAACCCGCAUCGAUCGAUAAGAAUCAACCUGGUUCGCUCCACAAGACCAAGGAAAAUAGGGUAACUGUUGAAUUCCACAACAAUCAACCGGGCAAACCAAAAGUAUCCUUUGAGGGUAGCAGCGAGGAUUACAAGGAUAACGAUGGAGUCCUGUUCUUUGACGGUGAGACGUUCCGGUUGGAUAGAUUACACCGGGCGGUGAAGCGGUUGAGGCAUGUUCGAUUACCUGGGGAAUCUGCUGCUGCGGCGUCCAUGGCUACUUCCAGUUCGGUUCUACCUUCUGUUGAGCCUCGCUCUCCUCCGCUUGGAAAAGCUGCAAAAUCACAGCCUCUAGCUAAAACUAUAGUUACUCCAGUUCCGGUUGAGGUGGAAAGAAUUGAUAUUGGUGAAUCAGGGAGCCCAGGUGUGAAACCUACUGGUAGGGCAGUCACUAAUUCAUCUGCUCCGCCGAAUUCUUUAACCAUAUCAGCAGACCAUAAGAAUGAAGAAGAGGAGGAACAUUUGGAAAUACUCUUCGAUGAUGAUGAUGAUGAUGAUGAUGCUGGUGGAACACCUAACAAAGGAAAUGCUGCUGAAGAGCCUCAACGAGAAGUCAACACUGGUCUAGACAUCAACAUGCCAAAUCAAAACGACACAGAUGAUGAAAUUGCUGAUGUGGAUGUCAGUGAUGAUGAUGCAGAUAACGGUCCCAAUGCUGCAGAAGCUCUUAGGGCCCAGGUGAAUGCUGAAGAGAGAGAUGGGCAGACUUCAAGUUCAAGUGCUAGCAGUGCGAGUGGGAGCAGUGCAAGUGGGAGUGGGAGCGGGAGCAGCAGCAGUGACAGUGAAGGCAGUGAUGAUGAUUCAGUGAACUCAAUAUGAGCCUGAGUAAGGUGGGUAAAUGUCAUGAAAUUACAGGAAGUGGCCAAUGGUAUAUCAAAGAUAUGAUCCUG